AUGCCAACUUUGGAACCUUUGCCAGACGACGCCAAAUCGAGUCCAUUUAUCCUUAACAACAACACCGAUGCCAACCGCGAUUUCGACUCCUUGACCAAGGAAGAGCAGGAUGCCUUGCUUGACCAUGUAGCUGCUGAAUUCGCCCAAGAUCCUAAAGCUAUGGAACGACUUGCCGCCAAGUUUCUCCAAGAAGCGAAACGAGGUGACUUUCGAGACGUGAACGUACAACCACAACCGGGCUAUGUAUGCAAAACGAAAGUUGUCAAGUGCAGCAACAAAAAGUAUGCCUCUGGCACUGUGGUAUACAUCAACAUCUGCUAUGCGGACGCCAUCCCUGCACCACCUGUCAUGCCCGAAAGCGAGAUAGAAAAGGCAUUCAAUGCUGAUCCCACUGCAACAUACCGUGUCCCUGUCAGCCUGGGUCAAGAGCGUAAUGAACAUGAUAAUGCUGGCAAACCUGCAUUAAUCUUUGAUGCAUGUAUCAACACACAACCUUAUAUGAGAUCCGAACGUCACCUUGAGUUUCGCUUAUACAUAUUGGAACUAUGCAUUGAGUUGAUUGAGGAGCGGAUAUCGGUAGAGCUUAGCAGAGAAUUCACGAUGCCUAAAACGCCAUCCAAGGGAGAAAUUCCAGCACGUGUAUUACGUUUACCAAAGCCUGCGCUUGUGUCUGCUGUCAGGAAUCAAAAGAAGCCUAAGAAGGAGGAAAAGAGCAAACCGAUCAUAUCAGUGGAUGAAGCACGAAGCAUGCUCAAAGUAGUUAUCCCUCAAAUGCCAGCAUUGUCAUCAUCAUCAUGGUCUUUGGAUAUUGAACCCACUCAGCUGCUAUUAGGAGGUGUUGGCAGUAGCCUAGUCAAAAUUGCAUUACCACGACCUGUCAAAGUGGAUGAUACCACCAACACUGCUACGUUUUACAAAAAGAGUCUCGACCUUGUAAUUGAACUCGCCCUUGCCCCUCGUAAACAAUACUUGUAA